AUGAAUACUUCCGCAGGGAAUUUUUUCGAAGCCAUUAAUUUUCCACGAUGGAAGAUUGGACUGUUGGCCGACUUAUUGUGCUACAUUAUCUAUAUUCAUAUGGUACUGUUUGGUUUUAUCCUUGGCAUCGUCAACCUUUUUUGUUGCCUUAUUUCUACCUUACAAAGUAGCUGCCCUGAUCUUGGCCUUUACUGGGAUGGUAGGUUCGUUAUCCAGACGGCAUUCCAUAGAUACCGUGAUCUGAAUAUUGGAGAUCCUCUUCCCGUUAAAAAGCAUUUGGUUAACAAGGGUGAAAAGGACUUAAAGAUGAUGGGGGAAAUUCUUUCCCGUGGAAAUAUUGUAGUUUGUCCUGAGGGAACAACUUGCAGGGAACCAUAUUUGCUGAGGUUUAGCCCUUUGUUCGCAGAAUUGAGCGAUGAUAUAAUUCCAGUUGCCUUAUAUGGAAAACUUUAG